AUGGAUAUUGUUAAGAAACACGUAACCAGCUCUCAAGUUAAGGCUUUGAUGGAUUUUAUGAAAAGACAUCCAAAUAUUGCCAAAGGUGUGAAUUCAGGAUUGGAAAGAGAAGAUGUUGAAGCUCAGUGGCAAGAUCUCACAGUUAAACUAAACUCUAUGGGAGGACCAGUUAAAUCAGUCGACAAAUGGAAAAAGACAUGGAGCUAUCUGAAAUGGAAUACAAAGAAAAGAGCAAUGAAACAGCAACAAUCUUUUUGUGACACAAGUAUAGGAACGAGUUCAGAUCAUGGUGAGCCUGGGCAGAACAUACAGAAAGAUACAGAAGAACCUUCAAGGAAAAGAUUUGUGUCCUUUGACGAAGAGAUUGUUAAAAUAGAAAGAGACAAGUUGGAACUUGAACGAGAAUAUAAAAUACAAAAGAUUGAGGUGUUAUCUAGAAUAGCAGCAGCAUUAGAAGAAUUGGCCAAUAAAUAA